AUGAUGCUACUCAACAUGAAGACAUUUCUGGCUCCUCUAUGGGGAAUUUCUCUUCUGUUUGCUCUGGAGUCCAUGAGUGCUACCACCCCACAAACCAUCAGCUUUAUCACAACUGCUGAACCAGACAAGACGACCAAGGAGUUGAUCAAUGUACCUCAUACUGAAAGUCACACCCCUGUUGCUGCACCAGUAGACACCACUAUGCCACCCACUUUAACAACAGUGUCUAUAUCAUCACCGCAGCCUACGUCUACCACUAAGCCUGACGUAACAUCCAAGUUAUCUUCCACCACUUCUUCUGCUACUUCUGCUCAGGCUCCAGUCUUUACCCAGACCCCCAGUGGUCCCGCAGCUUCUACAACAAUUACAACAGCUAACCCCACCUCUGAGGCAGCGACUGUGUUUGACCCCACAAAAAGUGAGACGUCCACCACCAGCACUGACGUUCUGUCUACACCUCAGCCUGUUUUUGUGAGAAGUACCUCUGUCUCCACAUCACAGUUUCCUGCCACUUCAGGGUCUACUGAUGAGACCUCCACCAUCGAAGUCUCAACUGAUCCUCACAUAUUCACCACAAAUGGCCCCACCACUGACUCCAAUACUGAUGUCUCCACUGCCACUGUGUCCACCAACAAUGGCUCCACCACUACUGUGCCAACCACCAAGGCCUCCACCACUGCUAUCACCACCACCAAUGCCUCCACCACUGCUAUCACCAUCACCAGUGUCUGCAUUACCACUGUGUCCACUCCCACUGACUCCAUCACCAAUGUCUCCACUACCACUGUGUCCAACAACAAUGGCUCCACCACUGCUAUCUCAAUCCCCAGUGUCUCCACCCCUACUGUGUCCACCACCAAUGGCUCCACCACCAACAACGUCUCCAACAACAAUGAUUCCACCACCCUUGUCCCCACCACCCUUGUCCCCACCACUAAUUUCACCACCACCAAUGGCUCCACCAGUCUUGCAGGAAUCUUGAUCCCUCUUGGACCCAAGAGGUUGCCAAUCCCAACCACUAAAUCAACUCCUGCAACCGCAACCAAACCCAGUGAAGUCUCAAAAAGCCCACCCAACACCGAAGUCCAACCCUGCUCCACCCGACGCAUAGUAAGGCAAUGCCUCAUCGCGGUUGCCGUCCUGGGUGCUUUGGCUACCAUCUUCAUGGUUUCUACCAUCAUCCUCUGCACCAAGCUGUCAACGAGGAAGUACAAGGUCAGGAAACCGCAGCCAGCCACAGAGAUGAUGUGCAUCUCUUCGCUGCUCCCCGAGAGGAAUUACACCUACACAAGGCAACGCAAUCCAGUCAGUAACGGAGUCCUGGUGAUGCACCACAGCGCCGAAGACAGCGAUGAAGAAGGAGGAGAUAACCUCACUCUCAGCAGCUUCCUUCCAGACAAUGACCGCUAUGUUUAAAUGGAGAUAUUUGUAUUGUCAUCAGACCUCAGAUUGGACUGAUCUGUCUGAUGUCAGUGGUGCGGAAACAGUUGCUGUUUGAAUAAACUCACGCUUCCCGUUUGAUGUUGGUGGUUUGGCUUCGCUGCACACCCUAUUCCUGUGGAGGAAGAGACAUAGAAACCACUAACACAAAUACAACAGUUACACUUUCAUCUUCAUGUAGUAUCUGAAGUUUGGUGAGGUCAUGUCAACAGAUAUGUAUUAUAGGCAAGAGUUAAAACUUUUUGCAUUAUUUCGCACUCGCCCUCCGCGAGAGACUUUAAGACUGGUUGAGGAGAGAGAUCAAAUACUUUUUUUGAACAUCCUGAGCUGAGCACUGAUGGUAUUUCACUUAGCGACGGGAGACAGGAAGGCCUGUUUUGUCAAGGGAUUACUGUUCUUUACAGACACUGUUCACUUUACAAGUGCUAUUCUGGAAGCACUGAGGCUUCUGUGUAAGAACGCUUACUUUGAUUUAUGGCCAGCUAUUUGUGACUGUGUUAAUGUGUGCGAAGAGAUGCAGCUUCUGUUUUGUGAUAAUUUAUUAAACA